AUGUCGACCACAUCCCCUCCCAAAUCCCCAACCUCGCCUACCCAGGCGGCCGCGGAUCGGCUACACCGGCCGAUCCUGCAGUCGAUGCCUGACAAUCGCACGCAGUCGUUUGACGAGAUCUACGGCCCGCCCGAGAACUUCCUCGAGAUAGAGGUGCGCAACCCGCGCACCCACGGAAUCGGCCGCCACAUGUACACCGACUACGAGAUCGUCUGCCGGACCAAUAUCCCGGCCUUUAAGUUGCGCCAGAGCACCGUCCACCGCCGCUACUCGGACUUUGAGUACUUCCGCGACAUACUCGAGCGCGAGUCGGCCCGCGUCACCAUCCCGCCCCUGCCCGGAAAGGUCUUCACCAACCGUUUCAGCGACGAUGUCAUUGAGGGCAGGAGGGCCGGGCUCGAGAAGUUUUUGAGGAUCGUUGUCGGCCACCCGUUGUUGCAGACCGGCAGCAAGGUGCUGGCUGCAUCCCAACUGGGACCGCAACGCCUGGUGACUCCUCCGUUUUGCUCGGAGCUUCUCGCCGUCGUCCUCGGCUCUAGGGGGUGCCGUCCCACGCUCGGCAGGCAGGGAUAG